GUUGCACAUAAAGAGCCAGGCCCACUAGGCCUGACAAUUUUACAUUACAUAGUUUACUUCUAUUACAAAGUUACAUACAUAAGUUUACAUACAGCUUCUCCUGCCUGGGAAGAGACAAGCAAGCCACCUUCAACCUCCUGAAGGAUUGUUUAAACAGAGACUUUUUAGGCCAGGUUUAGCUUUGUGUGUAGUUAUGGACUCGAAAAAUCUUGAAUUUUUGGGAAGUGAUGGAGAUGGGCUGUUCUUGAACCCUGGAGUUGGGUUUCUGUGGUGCCCGAGGGAGAAUAAUUUUCAUAGUGGUGCCUUGUUUGCAAGCAUUGGACAAAUGGGAGGGGGUGUUGGGAUAUCUGCCGGUACUAAUGCUUCUAAUACAAGUGAUAGUGUGUUGAAGCUUUCAUAUUCUAAUAAGUAUAUGGCGAUGCCUGAAACUGGUUAUCGGACGGUAGGGGCUUCUGAAUUGGCUGUGAGUGAGGAGUGGGAGGUGGGAGAGGAGGGGAUGUUGGGGAAGAAAAAGAAGAAGGGUGGACUCAAAUUUAAAGUAAAGAUUGGCAAUCCAUCUCUUAGAAGAUUGGUGAGUGGGGCAAUUGCAGGGGCAGUAUCGCGAACAUCCGUUGCUCCGUUGGAGACCAUUAGGACGCAUUUGAUGGUUGGAAGUUGUGGUCAUUCAACCACAGAAGUGUUUCAGGAUAUCAUGAAGACUGAAGGAUGGAAGGGCUUAUUUAGGGGUAAUCUGGUCAACGUCAUCCGCGUUGCCCCAAGCAAGGCUAUAGAGUUGUUCGCUUAUGAUACUGUGAAGAAACAUCUGACACCUAAAUCAGGAGAACAACCUAUACAGCCUAUACCAGCAUCCCUAAUUGCUGGUGCUGUUGCUGGCAUCAGCUCAACUAUAUGCACCUACCCCCUUGAGUUGCUGAAAACUCGACUGACUGUCCAGAGGGGCGUCUAUAAAAAUCUUGUAGAUGCCUUCAUCAAGAUCGUGCAAGAGGAAGGACCAGCAGAACUAUAUCGAGGCCUCACACCAAGUGUAAUUGGAGUGAUCCCAUAUGCUGCUACUAAUUAUUUUGCAUAUGAUUCAUUACGAAAGGCUUACAAGAAAGUUUUCAAAAAGGAAGACGUUGAAAAUUUAGCAACUCUACUCAUAGGAUCAGCAGCUGGUGCAAUAUCUAGUAGUGCAACUUUUCCCCUUGAAGUGGCUAGAAAGCAUAUGCAAGCUGGAGCUAUUAACGGGAGACAGUACAACAACAUGCUCCAUGCCCUUUUGUCCAUACUUGAAAAGGAAGGAGUUCCAGGCCUUUACAAGGGUUUGGGCCCAAGCUGUUUAAAAUUGGUACCUGCUGCAGGAAUUUCUUUCAUGUGUUACGAGGCAUGUAAAAAGAUAUUAGUCGAGAAAGAUGAUAAUCUCUAAGGUGUUUUGGAGCUACUAGCGGAAAGACGUAUGUGUUGCUUGGGGUACUAUUACUUUCAGUUACAAAAACAAUAAUAUUAGGUUAGUACAACUUUAUGUUUGUGUGACAUCAUUUUUGGUUGAACUCAAGAUCCUUUCACUAGGGGGGUCAGCUAAAAUCUAAGAGUUGUCGCCAAGCACCUCUAGUAAUCAAUUGGUACCCAAGAUCCUUUCGCUAGGGGAUGGGUUGAAUUUGAGAGUUGUAAUGUACCUCUAGUGAUUUAUUGAAACAGUUAACAUUCUUUUACAA